UGCAAGUGAUAAACUCGUGGCUAUCGUCACCAGAAUCGCGAGGGACCUGGAUUUGGUAAAAGUGAGAGCGGCAUCAAAGUUGGCAUACAAGACAUAAUAAUUGCUAAACCGCAUCGGCGUUGAGAACAGCGCUGAUCUGCCAGGAGACAUUCCGUGAAAAGGAAUGGAGUACAGUUAUGAUGUUGAUCUGGAAGAAUUAUGUCCUGUCUGUGGUGACAAGGUGUCCGGGUACCACUAUGGACUACUAACCUGCGAGAGCUGCAAGGGUUUUUUCAAAAGGACGGUUCAGAAUAACAAGCGGUACACUUGCGCAGAAAGCCAGGACUGUAAAAUAGACAAAACACAGAGGAAAAGGUGUCCAUUUUGUCGAUUCCAGAAAUGCCUCAGCGUUGGAAUGCGAUUAGAAGCUGUCCGCGCUGACCGGAUGCGCGGGGGUCGGAACAAGUUCGGUCCGAUGUACAAACGGGACCGUGCCUUGAAGCAGCAGAAGAAAGCACUGAUACGAGCCAGCGGCCUCAAGAUGGAGUCCACGCCGCCGUUAGUUUCCCCCACGCAGACGGACUAUAGUUUCUCUGGCAGCCUCCAGGGCCUGCCGCCCGUUCCCAAGAGCAUCUUACCCGUCACCCCGAACCCCUCCACACCCACAGACUACGAUCGCAGCGUGUACGGUCACGUAUCGCUGGGCAUGACCAUGCCUUCGCACGGGCCCUUACUGAAUCAGUACCAGUAUACCUCCUUCCCUAGUCGGGCGAUCAAGUCCGAGUACCCAGAUCACUACACAAGUUCUCCGGAUUCUGUGGUCGGCUACACGUACCCAGAGCAGGCGUACCCGACCGGCGGGUCACCUCAGCAAGCAGGCGUGCCGCCCUUGGUUCUGGAGUUCCUACGCUGUGACCCAGACGAGGGCCAGGUGCAGAGCAAGAUCGUGGCCCACCUGCAGCAGGAGCAGAACAGUCGCGGCAAACACGACAAGCUCAGCACCUUCGGCCUGAUGUGCCACAUGGCGGACCAGACCCUUUUCUCCAUCGUGGAGUGGGCUCGGAGCUGCAUAUUCUUCAAGGAGCUCAAGGUGGGGGACCAGAUGAAGCUGCUGCAUAACUGCUGGAGCGAGCUGCUGGUGCUGGACUACGUGUCCAGGCAGGUGCAGCACGGCAAAGAGGACAGCGUGCUGCUGGUCACCGGCCAAGAGGUUCAGAUAGCGCACAUGGCAGCGCAGGCGGGUGCCACCCUGGCCAGCCUGGUGCAGAGGGGGCAGGAGCUGGUGGGGAAGCUGCAGGCCCUCCAGGUGGACCGCCGAGAGAUCGCCUGCCUCAAGUUCCUCAUCCUCUUCAACCCCGACGUGAAGCUGCUGGAGAACCAGGCGUUUGUGGAGGGCGUGCAGGAGCAGGUGAACGCAGCGCUGCUGGAGUACACGCUCUGCAGCUACCCGCAGUUCCUGGACAAGUUCAGCCAGCUGCUGCUGCGCCUGCCCGAGCUGCGGGCGCUGAGCGCCCAGGCGGAGGACUACCUCUGCUACAAGCACCUGAGCGGCGAGGUGCCCUGCAACAACCUGCUCAUCGAGAUGCUCCACGCCAAGAGGGCAUGCAUCUAACACUCAGACUCAGCACCAGGCCAGGAGCAAACCCCCCAGCCCUGCCCCAACAACCAACCCCUGUUCCAUCCAACACUUUCAGUUAUGAAACACACCCCUAAACA